AUGGACAGCGAGACUGCGGCGCGGGUGACCUGCACCGACCUCGCCUUCAUCACAUCGCGGCCGCCGGAUGUGCCAUGCAAGAACAGAAUCGUCGCGGUCUGCGGCAUCUACGACUGUCCAGCGGACAACGAUGCUGCUGCACCCUACCGCGAUGGCUUUAUCCUGAGCGACUUUUACCUUUUCUACCAUCUACUCUUUCCCACGCACACACACAGCACAAAUCAGAUCUGGCUCACGGCCGAGUCCGCUGAAGGACUAGUGGAGAAGUACACCGAAUACGCACACGGAAGCCCAAGAGGGGAGAGAAGGGUGGUUCUGGACGCCUCGUUCCUCCCCCUUGACGCCGGUCUCGGGAGCAUGCGGGUGGUAGAAGCGGACAUGCUGUUAGAUCGGUUUGUCGAGACUGUUCGCGAGCAGGCCCGUUUGUCUGUGCAGAACGACGAGACGCUGAUUCUGCUGAUAUUUGCGCAUGGGCAGGGAACAACUGGCAAAGUUCUGUUGGGGGGCAACACGAAGACAGGGAAACCACACUUGUUGUCAAUGGAUGUUUUGAAGCGGACGCUCCCAAAAGAGGCCAAAGUCACCCUCAUGAUGACAUCUUGCUAUUCCGGAAGCUGGCUGGUCCAGCCCAGCGUGCAAUACGCCACGCACUUGAAUGUCACAGGAGUAGCCUGGUCAGGCCCAAGCCGCAAAACACGCUCCUGGGCAGUGAGCAAAAGCCUAGGGCGUGCCUGCGGUACUUCUGUUGCCAGUGCGCUUCUCCAUAAUCUCAUCAGUAUUGAGGAAACCGAUGAAGCAGAGGGGGACGCGUUGGAGGAUCCGACAUACAUAAGCUUCUGUGACGCGAUAUACCAAAAGGCCAAGGCUCUGGAUCGAUUUAGCCCUCACCAGCAAGUUUACUUUUCGGCCCAGGAUGACGAAUGGGAGACUCAGUGGGCCAAACGGACUGGGGCCCCCCUGGCUGGGUACAAGGCCCGCUGGGAAGCCCUAAGGGUGCUAUCGCGCGGCGAUUUCGACGACUCGAACCCAGCAAGCCAAACCGCAAGCUACCGAGAGACUUUCUUGCACCGAGAGUACGAGCUCCGUGCUCGCGAGUACUGCGAAGCCAAGCCGGGGCCUAAUAACGUGGCGUCCAACGUCAGCCUUCACGCCACGAUCGGUCAUUUCUUCGGCCGGUUUGAGAGGAGCAUACCCCGUGAUAAAUUGAGACUGGAGUACGACCUUGCCAGGAUCAAGGGCCGUCUCGCACAAAUGGGGGAAGUUGACGAGCUGAUCGUGGCAAUGGCGCUGGAUUUCCCCUCCUGCUUGACAUAUUCAUGGGAGGAGGAUUAUCACCCUGAUCCAGCCCUCGACAAGAAGGUCAGCGCGGCGUUCCAUCUGGUAGCCAAUGCACAUCUGAUCCGCGACUUCUUCAAUCCCCAUUUCUACAAGCCCAUUCGGGUGCUGGCAAUUGCGCUGGCGCAGAACUGCGAGACCGAGGCGGAGAUGAUGAAGCGCAUAGAGAUAGCGCAGGAUUUUAAAGCGCAGCGCGACGAGUUUCUUCUUCCGCGUGUGGGUGCCGCCCAUCUACUUGACGACCCCGAGGUCCAGGCAGAGACGCACUCCCUCGCGGCCGCUAUGCGAGCCCUCGGCCACCGCGUGCGAGUCAAGAUUAACUCGCAGACCCCUUCGCAUAGGGGAUACCAGGCAGUGCCGCAGGCCUGA